CUGAUAAUGACUCGCAGUCGCGCUUCUGAGCUCAUCGGCGUAGCUAAAAAAGCGAGAUGCUUCCUAGGUUAUCAGCUCUCUUGUUUGCCCUGCUGCUUUUUGGCUGCGCGGACGUGCAAAGCGCCAAAAUCCUGACCAUCACGGCGAUUGCAUCGCCGAGUCACGGAAUAUGGAACCGAGCCCUUGUCGAAGCUCUCGCAGACAAAGGGCACGACGUGACGAUGCUCACUCCAUUCCCAAUGAAAAACAGAACAGGCGUUAGCUAUCAUGAUCUUGGAGGACUUUACGAAGAGGACGAUUUUAUGGAUUUUGCCAAAAUGAGCACCAAGGAAAACGUUGAAGCCUUCUGGGCCUUUGCCGACGCAAUUAAUCCAGAGCAAGCUCACUCUGAAACUGCGAAGAGAAUGUUGACCGACAAUAAUGAAAAAUAUGACCUUGUCAUUUUUGAAACUUGCAUGAGUGAAGUUUUCGCUGCAAUUCUGCCUAAAUUCAACGCACCCGUCGUCGCUAUAAAUGCUUAUGCUGAUGGAUGGUGGAAUUGGGAAUUAAUGGGUGUUGAUAACAGACCGUCCAUCUUCCCAGGACCAAUUUUCCCUUACAAGUAUCCCAUGACUUUUAUGCAGCGAGUGGCGAAUUUCUUGACAAAUUACUACGACAAAUACUGCAGGAAAAAUUAUAUCAGAGCCCAACAAGGUCUCGCAAAAACUGUUUUCGGCAAACAAGCCGCCCAAAUCGACGAGGUCGAGCAAAAUUAUGACUUUUUCUUGGUCAACAACGGACCCCCAGGAGUGGAUUUGGGAAGGGCUUUGCCACCAAAUUUCAAAGAAGUUGGAUGUUUGCAGUGCCGACCUGCCGACCCGAGCAAACUGCAAAAGGAAGUUAAAGAAUUUUUGGAUGGUGCCACAGAGGGUUUCAUUUUCUUCAGUCUUGGUUCAAAUGUUAAAAGUAGUUCACUGCCAGACGAGAUGAAAAAGGGAAUAUUGGAGGUGUUUGGCUCUCUGAAAUUGAGGGUUUUGUGGAAAUUUGAAGUUGACGAUUUGCCUGGCAAACCAAAAAACGUCAUGAUCAACAAGUGGCUCUCACAACAAGAUGUCCUAGGCCACAAAAAUAUUAAGAUUUUCAUCACUCACGGUGGCCGCCUGAGCACACAAGAGGCUAAUUACCACGGCGUGCCUCUGGUGGUGGUGCCCGUUUUUGCCGAUCAGCAUAAAAACGGAGAACACGCAGUAACCACGGGCGUUGGUGUGAAACUGGAAUUUCUGAAAUUUGAGAAAGGGAAAUUUGCGAAGUGCAUUCAAGAAGUGCUGAAAAAUCCUGUAUAUUUGAAAAACGCCCAAAAAUAUUCGGCAAUCGCCCGCGACACAAUGCACACGCCGUUGGAGGAAGCGGUCUUUUGGGUCGAGUACGUUAUUCGCCACAAAGGGGCCAAACACCUUCGGCCCGCCGGCCAACACCUUAACUGGAUCCAACUGCAUUCAAUUGAUGUUAUCGCAUUUUUACUGCUGCCAGUUGUUUUUGUACUUUUUGUUUUAAAAAAGUUGAUUGGCUCCUUCUCAAAGAAGGAUAAAGUAAAGAGGAGUUAAUUCCUUUCUAAUGUUCCUAAAAUCUCAAUAAAAACGUACAUAUUUAAACUUUUUUUAUUAUUAUUUUUUUUUUUAACAGAGGAAUUUUAUCGAAAUAAUUAAAGUAAAAACUAAAAUGAAAAGAAAAAUAUAAUUUUCGUAUAAAAUAAAAUAAUAAUUAUCUAGA